CAGUUACAUGUACUGAUCUCUAACAAACUGACUAUCAGUUCAGUGGUUAGAUGUCCCUACCGGGGUUUCCUUGCGUUGGUUGUCUGUUUUGUGAGUCAACGCGGAAUGUCAGUUGAAGAUGGACGUUGUGUUGUUUCGCAGUGCAUCGGCUUUUCUCAAUUAAUUAUUCUGCGAAGUCCGGAUUGAAAACCAAUUGAUAGAAAAAUCGUAUUGUGACCAAGAAAAUCUAUUACCAUCAUAACGAUAUCAAAGAUGCCACCGAAGUUCAGACGGAGUGUGUCACGCGAGGAUCUAAGAGCAGCGGACGAUGUGGAAAAGGAGACAUUGCUCGAACAUGAUAGUGAUCCAGACGAAGAGAUGCUUUUCAAUCGUCCCAGCACCUCGCACAAUGAACCUUACAGAGAUGACAAAAUGGACAGGUGAAGAAUACGCUCACUAUAUCAUUAAAAUUGUUCGAAUUCAGAUAAAAGAGGUGACAGAUGUAAUGCGGGAAAAUGUACAGAAAGUUAUGGAGCGAGGAGACAAAAUGGAAGACCUGGAAGUUGCCAGUGAACGGCUGACCAUGGCUGGAAUGGACUUUCACAACUCUGCAAGAAAAGCGCAUCGCAGAGCUUGGGUGCAAAACAUGAAGGCGAGAAUCAUCGUUGGCGUUAUUGUCCUGAUCAUAGUUCUGAGCAUUCUUGUUCUGGACAUCAUGGUGCUUUACCUAGUCAUCAGAUAAUAAAUUGGACCGGUGAAACAGCCCGAUAAGAUCUCGAGGCACUCUGAUUCGCUGGUAUUCCUGACGUCACGAUCACUUAUAAUUCCCGACGAGGAUCAUCAUGCAUCAUCCCUAAAAGAAAGUGUAAUAUAUAUUUUGUGAUAUUCGAUUUUACUAAUGUUGACACAAUGGACAUUAUUACAAAUAUUACUAUAUUCUUAUAAUUGUAAAUAAAUAUACACCAACUGCCAAACGUAA